AUGUUUCUUAGCUUUAUUCGUUUGACACCUCCCAAAACACCAAGAAAUGUUUUUUUUCCAUGGCAAACUUUUAGCGUGCACAAGUCAGGAACUUUUUUAGAAAAAAAUAGGUUAGCUUUAAGAGUGCCUAUCAAUUUAACUAAAUUUGAAAUUCGAGAAUAUUUAAGAAAAAUAUAUAAUGCAAAGGUUAUCAAAGUUAAUACAUUAAUUAAAGUGCCAGAGAGAAGAAGGAAUUUAAGUGACUAUCGUUUUAAUUAUUAUAGAAAUGGACCAAGAUAUAAAAAAGCAAUCAUAACCUUAGAACAUGAGGUACCUGACAGUGUUAAGAUGAUUCAAUCAUGUAAAAAUAUAGGUAGAAAUCCAUACAUUACUAAAAAAAAUGUUAUUUAUGGCGUUAGAAGUGAUGUCAAAAUUACUCCUACAAGAUCUCAGCUGUGGCAUAUGGGGGAAUGUAGAUACUCAUGGAGAUUACCUUUAACAAAUUUGCUUGCGGAUUAUAAGAUGAAUUUAAAUCCUGACUUGAGAAUUGACGAAAAUUUAGUUCAGCUCGCACCAGAUGUUACGAAACCUUUUAUGCAUUCCGGUAUUUCAUCAGAAACAUUUAAACCAAAUAAUGUACCUAAGCAAACCUUUCCGCACAUUGAUUUAACACCUUGGAGAAGACAAGUAAAAAAAAUUUACGACUCAGGCACUUUAGCGCCACCUGAAUCUUUUCCUCGUGAUUCAAAAAGACAUCAAAUGGUUGAAAGUGGCAAUGCAAAUAAAGGUGCUAAAAGAUCACCAAGAAGUAGUCAAUGGAAACCUCCUUCAUAG